UGACAAGAGAUCAAAGUGCAGGUUUUCUGGUCUCGUGCUGUAAACAACCACCUGCGGUCUGUCGGAAAGUUCACGUCAUGGCCUCGGGCGACGGGAUUCAGAUACCGAGCCGUCUCCCGCUCCUCCUGACCCACGAAGGAGUUCUCCUCCCGGGCUCCACCGUCCGCCUCAGCCUGGACUCUCCCCGGAACAUGCAGCUAGUGAGCCGGCGGCUGCUCAAGGGAACCUCGCUGAAAAGCACCAUCAUCGGGGUGAUUCCCAACACCCGAGACCCGGAGCACGACACGGACGGACUGCCGCCCUUACACAGGAUCGGUACGGCGGGCAUCGCGGUGCAGGUGGUGGGCAGUAACUGGCCCAAACCUCACUACACGCUGCUGAUCACCGGACUGUGUCGCUUCAGGGUGUCGGUGCUGCUGAAGGAGCGGCCGUUCGUCCUGGCAGAGGUGGAGCAGCUGGAUAAACUGGAGCAGUACACCUCAGCAUCAUCUUCGUCGGUUGAAGGAGACCUCGGGGAGCUGUCACAGAAGUUCUACCAAGCUGCCGUUCAGUUAUUAGGAAUGUUGGACAUGUCGGUGCCGGCGGUGGCCAAGUUCAGGCGCCUGUUGGACAGUCUGCCCCGGGAAACGCUCCCAGACGUUGUUGCCUCCAUGAUCCGCACGUCCAACAAGGAGAAACUACAGGUUCUGGAUGCCAUCAGUCUGGAGGAGCGUUUUCAGAAAGUCCUGCCCAUGUUGACCCGACAGAUUGAAGGACUCCAGCUGCUGCAGAAGAGCCGGAAGCUGAGUCCAGAUCAUGAGAAGAGGGUUCUUACGGGCCGUAGAGGCGGCGUGUUCCCGGGCCGACAGUUUAAUCUGGAUGAGGAAGACGAGGAUGAGGAUGGAGACGACACGGCAGCUUUAGAGAGGAAGAUCCACGGGUCCAACAUGCCUGAAGCUGCACUCAGAGUCUGUCUGAAGGAGCUCAAGAGGUUGAAGAAGAUGCCUCAGUCAAUGCCUGAAUUCGCUCUGACCAGAAACUAUUUGGACUUGAUGGUGGAGCUGCCAUGGAACCAGAGCACCAAAGACUGCCUGGACAUCAGCGCCGCUCGGACACAGUUGGACAACGAUCACUACGCCAUGGACAAGCUGAAGAGACGCGUCCUGGAGUACCUGGCUGUGAGACAGCUGAAGACGUCUCUGAAGGGCCCCAUCCUGUGCUUUGUCGGACCCCCAGGAGUCGGGAAGACGAGCGUGGGACGCUCCAUCGCCCGGACUCUGGGACGAGAGUUUCACCGGAUUGCUCUGGGAGGCGUCUGUGACCAGUCGGACAUCAGAGGACACAGGCGUACGUACGUCGGCAGCAUGCCCGGUCGAAUCAUCAACGGUCUGAAGACGGUGGGCGUACGUAAUCCCGUCUUCCUGCUGGAUGAGGUGGACAAGCUGGGGAAGAGUCUUCAGGGCGACCCUGCAGCCGCUCUGCUGGAGGUUCUGGACCCGGAGCAGAACCACAGCUUCACAGAUCACUACCUCAACGUGGCCUUUGACCUCUCCCAGGUGCUGUUCAUCGCCACUGCCAACACCACAGGCACUAUCCCCCCGGCGCUGCUGGACCGGAUGGAGGUUCUGCAGGUUCCAGGGUACACCCAGGAGGAGAAGGUGGAGAUCGCUCACCGUCAUCUGAUCCCAAACCAGCUGGAGCAGCACGGCUUGACUCCUCAGCAGCUGCUCAUCCCUCACGACUCCACCAAGGACAUCGUCAGCAGGUACACUCGGGAGGCGGGCGUUCGCUCGCUGGAGAGGAAGAUCGGAGCCGUGUGUCGAGCCGUCGCCGUGAGAGUCGCCGAAGCUCAGAAAGUCCCGGAGACGCCGAGGUCUGAGUCAUCGCCGCCGCAGGAUGAUAAAGCGGCGCCGCCUGAGAUGCCCAUCGUCAUCGAUCACGUCGCCCUGAAGGACAUCCUGGGACCGCCGUUGUUUGAGAUGGAGGUCUCAGAGCGGCUCACACUGCCCGGCGUGGUUCUGGGUCUGGCCUGGACCCCGCUCGGGGGGGAGAUCAUGUUCGUGGAGGCCAGUCGGACGGAGGGGGAGGGUCAGCUGACUCUGACGGGUCAGCUGGGCGACGUGAUGAAGGAAUCAGCUCACCUCGCCAUCAGCUGGCUCAGAGCCAACGCCAGAACCUACCGACUCACCAACAUGGUGGGCGGUUCUGAUCCGCUGGAAGGGACGGACAUCCACCUCCACUUCCCUGCUGGAGCCGUCACCAAGGACGGCCCCUCUGCUGGCGUUACCAUAGUAACGUGCCUGGCCUCUCUGUUCAGCGGCCGUUUGGUCCGAUCUGACGUGGCCAUGACGGGAGAGAUCACGCUACGAGGGCUGGUUCUGCCGGUGGGCGGGAUCAAAGACAAAGUUCUGGCAGCGCAUCGAGCCGGAGUCAAACGGGUCAUCCUCCCCAAACGCAACGAGAAGGACCUGGAGGAGCUUCCCGCUAACGUCCGAUCCGACCUAGACUUUGUUCUGACCGGAAAUCUGGAGGAGGUUCUGAACGCCUCCUUUGACGGUGGGUUUCCAGGGACAAGCGGGAGACGAUCGGACCCUCAGCUCAGCAGUAAACUAUGAAGGAGGCCAGAGAGACGGGCCGAGGUCCAAACGACAACAAAAUCCUGACCCAUCUGAAGAAUCCAACCCGGUUCUGGUCUGGCUGCCUGAGUGGUGGCCUCUUUAUUUUCUCAUGAACACCUGAAGACUGACGUCGUGUUUUAGAUCAAAUCCUGAACAGAAUCAGUUUAAAGGUGGCGUUUUCACAUUAAUCUGUAUUCAAUUCAGUUUAUUCGUAUAGCGCCAAGUCAG